CAUCUACUUUCGACGCUGCGAUUUUAUCGUCAGUACGACGUUACGUAGUUCUCAAAUUGAAAAUAAAUGUACUGGCGUUAGUGUACUGGCGAUUUCAACGGUCCCUAACAAAAACAUGGGAUGACUCCUUGUGAUUUUUUUCUCUGAUAGAACGGAGCGUGCACAUCGAGAUUAGUUAUGAGACGAGGCACGGACAAUUCUUUUAUAAAGCAAAGUACCCUCAAGUUCAAUUUAAUUUACGCUGAUUGUUAAAACGGUGGAAGGGUUAACGAGGCAAUCGUGUCUUCUUUUCGACCAAUGUUAAAGGGAAUCACGGGGACCACUGCGAACCUCACGAUUGUUUUGCCGGAGUUACAUGUGAUCAGACUAAUCAGCGUGUAAACAGGAAAAAAUAUAUAUCUCAACAUUUCAUAACAAUUAUGGAGACCAUUAAACAUUUAUGGAAUGUCAAUCAAUUCAUAACGAAGCUGAAGUGUCCAUUGGUUACAGAUUUACAGAUGUUUUACAUGCAGAAAUGUAAAAAUUUUAGUAACAGUAUAGAGUUGCCACAGCAGAAUUUUGGACCAUCAACAGCAUGUUCGCAUUGUGGGUCACUUUGGGGUACAAUGGAUCAUCAAGUUCGGAUAGCAAGAGGCAGAAAAAUGUCUAAAUCAGUGAAAAAGAUUGUACGAUACAUAAAGGAAAAUCCAGAUCAAAAGAUUCCAAAAAUUCGUGCAACCUUAGCACAGAAAUCUAUAAAAAAUGAGAUGAAUAGAUUGGUCAUUAAAUGUUCUGUCUGUUCCAAGAACACUGAGUUGCCACUCAAGAAGAAAAGUCACUUAAAGCCAGUAAAGUUGAAUAAUUCACAAAUGGAAACACCGCAAAGUAACCGUAAAAAGAAAAAAAAGAAAUCUAAGGACAAAACUGCUGGUUUAAAUAUCUCAGGUUGUACGCCUGUAUUACAAUUGAACAAGAAAAACAAUAAUGUAACGCCUACAAUAUCACCUGUGAUCACACCUAAAAUAAUUUCAAGUAACAAGAAAUCUAUUUCCCCUAAAAAAUCUAAGAAGUUGAAUAUAGAGCGAUUAAAACGUAUUAUGGACAAUAAAACACCUUCAAAAACAAAUAACUUGCAUAGUUUUCUAGCCGACUUAUGUUGA